AUGAUACUCAAAGGUUGUCUCCUGUAUCCUUUGUGCUCUCCCAGGAAUAAGCAAAGAUGUGCCAGGCUGUGGAAAAUAGCCUAUGGAGGAUUACUAAAGAUAGUGACUGGCUCCCUCUUAACAUUUUAUGUGGUUCUCUGUCUUGAUGGCAGGAUGGUGCUAAUGAGCAAGCAAGUGCCAUCAAGGUUCAUGUACCCCAAAGAGUGGCAGCACCUCACCAUGUUCAUCCUCCUCACUCUUAAUGGCUGUGUGGACUUCAUGAGCAAGAACAUGCUGCCUCAGAGGUGUGUGGGCCUAGAAAAAGGUACCCUGGUCCUGAUCAUCUACGAGCUCCUGCUGCUGAUGGUGUCACAUAUUAAAGAUUCAGAAGGGGUGGAGCUGCACGUUCAUUCUCCGCUCAUCUUGGUGGUGUUCCUGCUGUUGCUGGUGUUGACUACAGAGCUGUGGGCUCCCAACAUGUGUCAUCUCCAGCUGAUGGAGACCUUUCUUAUCCUGAUCAUGGGCUCCUGGCUGAUGCAGGCAGGCUUUAUUCUAUACAGAACUGUCUCUGGCUACCCAUGGCAGGACGAUGACAUCAGUGACAUCAUGUUUGUCACCACCUUCUUCUGCUGGCAUGUGAUGAUCAAUGCCUCAUUCCUGUUGGGAAUCUAUGGCUUCUCUUCCUUUUGGUAUCAUUGUUUCAGACCCAGCUUGAAGCUGACUGGGCCCAAAGAAGCUCCAUAUUAUGCAAGCACUCCAGGACCCCUCUACAAGUUGCUACAGGAAGUGGAGCAGUCAGAGAAAGAGGACCAGGUUCUCUUUUUUUCAAAGAGCUCCCCCUGAGACAGGGCCUACAGUGGCAGGCACAUCGUCCAACAUCAUCUUCCUCCUGCGGGCUCCUUAGCCACGAACAUGGCACCCUCUUUGGUCCCCAGUGAAGGGAAUGGCCCUGAAGGACAGUAAUUGGCCUCGACUGUUGUCCCUGUAGCUGGGCCUCAGACUGCUGAGUAGAUAGGGAGAGAGAAACCUGAAGAGGGGGCACA